AUGGAAUUUAGUAGUCAAGCCUUCUGGUUCUCAAGAUCGCUAACAGAAAUAUCUUCUACUCGUGAAUACCUCUGCUGCAAUAUACCUUCCACGGUUAUCUCUUGUAAACCGCUACCUAGUCAACUUAGCUUAUCUACGUGUUCUUAUAUUCUAUCGCAUAACAUCCUAAGAAUAAUUAUUUGGAUUUUGGGUAACCUUGCAGUGAUUGAAAAUGCUAUAUCUAUUGUUUGGCACUCUCCAUUCCGAAAGGAUGGAAAGUGCGUUCCAAAAGUAUUAAUUGUAAACUUAUCCAUUGCGGACUUUCUAAUGGGAGUCUAUUUGAUCAUAGUCGCAUCUGCUAAUACGUUUUAUGCCCAGCGCUACUCAGAAUUUGUAGAAGUUUGGUUAAGAAGUCCAGCAUGUUUGAUUUCAUGCUUUCUUAUCUCGCUAUCUUGUUUAACAUCGACAAUUAUUUUACUACUCAUCACGGUUGAUCGCUUUCUUUAUUUAGUCUUUCCUUUUACUAGUUAUCGCUUAAGGUAUUCCUUAUUAUUAUGGGUUUUGAUUGCGGUUUGGUCUAUAUCUAUCGCUUUUAUAGCUGUUCCUAUCGCAUCAAGCUUUGGUCAAUCCUCAUAUUAUCGCCUAUAUGGCACGAACAGCGCUUGUUUGCCUGGAAAUGUCGAUAACUACUGGUAUUUAACAUGGUUAAUAUUAUAUUGCGGCUUCACAUUUGCAGUAUGGAUAAUUAUUGCAGUCUUAUAUAUACUUAUCAUUAAGUCACUUACGCAGUCUAGGCGGAAAACAAAGCAAAGUUUAUCGAACAUUGAUAAAAUUGCUACAGCUAAAAUGGUUACAGUUGUUAUAACAGAUCUUAUAUGUUGGCUGCCGUUUUAUGUUAUUAUUACACGGGUUUUAUUGGGAUAUGGAUUAGAUAUUCAUACGUUGCCAUUCAUCGCAGUGUUAGCUUUGCCCUUGAAUUCUUGCAUUAACCCAAUCAUUUAUACCAUCUUUACCAAAAAGUUUACGAAUUACGUGAAUUCUUAUCUAACUUGUUAUAAGUGUUAUAAUCGUCAGUAUCAUGCAUCGAUGGCAAUAUACACCACAUCGAUAAUUAGUAAAAAUGCUAUUAGUAAACUGAAUGUGGUAGCCAAGGAAGAUACUGGUUUUGCCAAUUUUCAAGUCGUAAUACUCAACCUUGGCGAAUUUCCUCUUAAAUCUGGCUAUAUCCGUGCUCAAUUUAUUAAUAAAAAUGGAAAAACCUUAUUUGCUUUGAUAAAAUUAUAUAAUAAAGCUGAAAGAAAAUUAUGGGAAAAGGAAGUACAUUUCUAUCGCUACGUUCACAUGAGACGUUGGUGUUUACUAAACGUAUCUCAAUGUCUUUGGAUAUGUGAAGGAAAGAAAUGCCAUAUCCCUUUACUAAAGAAAGAUAGAGCCAAGCUACUAGAUAAAUUUGGUACAUUUUAUCAUCCUGCUCACUUCUGGGCAGAAUUAUACCUGCCAACGAUUAUACCAUUACUAGAUGAAAUUCAGUUUAACGAAAUUGAUAGCCUAACUUGUUACUACAUGAGUGGUAAUGAAUUACAAUCGUUAAAAGAGAUGCUCGAAUACAAUUCCAAACAUUUGUCCCCGACAGUUAUUGUCAAGAUCAUUCUAGAUAUUGCAAUAGCAAUCAAGUCCUUACAUUCAAAUAUGAUAGUCCACGGCAAUAUUGGGACUCAUGCCAUUCUCCUUAUUACAUCUCACAAGGAGCAGCAGGCAACAGCACUAUUAAGUGAAUUUUCGCAUAUGCACAGAUUGCAAUUAAUCACGGGCAGUAAACAGAAUGAAACAAUCUCACAGUUAAUGUGUAGGGACAUUAAUGGGUUGGUCUCCUUGACUGAAGCUCUUUCUCUGUACUGCCAAAUCGAUAAAAAUCGGCCAUUGAAUGAUAGUGAAGUAGCAUCGCAAGGUGAUGUUAGCUGCGACGGCUGGGAGUUAGCUCUAGAAUCGCUGCAGCAUAUUAAAUCGGUAAUUUACGAAAGCCAACACCAUAGUAAUAUCAAAGAACGUCAAGAAAUCAUAAUCUCAACUAUUGAGCAACUAUUUAAUCGAAUGCCUGAACCAAGUGAUGGAUGA